AAUAUACAAGUAUGCAUAACUAUUCAUUGAUGCUGUUGAUUUUCUUUCAAUUUGAUUUUGUAAUGUCAAUAAACAGCUUCCCACAGUUUUUACGGGAAAGAGAGAAAGAAAAAAAGUUGACCUGAUGAUUUUUGGCUAUCUCUAGUUUCCGUAGUUCGCAAUCUGUUUCCAUAGGGAUCGUCUAUGGUGGAGGACAAUGAUGAACCUAGCUUGGCUAUAUUGGGAACAGGAACAGUGAAGGAAGAACAAAUGUACGUCCGGCAGUCGUUUUUCUACAGAUCAAAAUGUCUUUCCGAGAUUUAAGAGAUUUCACAGAAAUGAUGAGGACCUUGGGCUAUCCUCGCUUGAUAUCUAUGGAGAAUUUCAGAACUCCUAAUUUUGCUCUUGUAGCAGAAAUCCUAAUAUGGCUUGUGAAAAGAUAUGAGCCUCAGGUUGAUAUUCCCACUGAUGUGGACACAGAGUCAGACAGAAUAUUCUUCAUCAAGGCUGUGGCUCAGUUCAUGGUAACAAAGGCCCACAUAAAACUGAACACCAAGCGCCUCUAUCAGGCAGACGGCUAUGCAGUAAAAGAGAUGCUGAAAAUCACCUCAGUGCUGUACAGUGCUAUGAAAACCAAACAGAUGGCUCUGGAAGACACAGCGGAGGAGGAAAACAACAAGUUCAAGUUUGACCUCGGCUCCAGGAUAUCAGAUCUUAAGACAGCUCGUCAGUUGGCAUCUGAGGUCACGUCCAAAGGAGCGUCUCUGUAUGAUUUAUUGGGGAAAGAGGUAGAGCUAAGGGAAAUGAGAACUGCAGCCAUUGCUCGGCCUCUGGAGAUUAAUGAGGCUGAAAAGGCUCUGAGAGCUGCCAUCAGGGAAGUUUUGGAAAGCGUGGAAAAGACGAAAGAAAUGCUGAGUAAUGUUGUUUCUGAUGAGAACAGUCUGGAUAGCAAGAUAGAUAAGAAGAAACAGGAUCUGGAAAGGCAUCAGAAGAGACUCCAGACCUUGCAGAGUGUCAGGCCUGCUUUCAUGGAUGAAUAUGAGAAGAUAGAAGAGGACCUGCAGAAGCAGUAUGAUAUUUAUGUGGAGAAGUUCAGGAACCUCAGCUUCCUGGAGUCUCAGCUGGAUGAAUACCACAGACUGGAACAAGAAAGGUUUGAGGAAGCUGAAAAUACUCUGAGGAUGAUGCAGCAUAAGCUGAGAGAGGAGGAGAGAGAACUGAUGAAGGGAUCCUUGAAAGACGAGGACUCUGACUUGGACGUUCCUGAGGACGAAGGCUCAGACAGCGAUCUUGAAGAGUCCCGGCCUUCUAAACCCCGACCUAAAAGAAACGGCCUCAUGGCAGGGAGAGGAGCACGUUUCAUUGGCAACAUGCAAGGUGAUGACAGUGAUGAGACUGAAGACAGUGAGAUUGAUGUGGAUGAAGAUGAUGAAGAGGAAGAGGGGGAGGAGGAAGAAAGCAAGGAUUUGGAAGAUGAUAGUUUGGAGGGUCCUUUGUCCAGGAGUACUCGUCCCUCUCGAGGUGGUAUGAAGCCCCCUCUGAUGGAGGAAAGUGACAAUGACUUUUGACGAAAAGACAUACAAAAAUGUUAAUGACAGAUCUAUUUUUCAGCUCACAUUAAACCAUUUAAUUCUAUAUUAAAAUUUUUCAUUUCAUUAAAAUUCUAUAUUAUGAUUAUAAAUUGUCAUUAUAGCUGAAGUUUUUGAGUGUUUGUACACAAUUUAUCU